GUUCACGUGCGCGCAGCGUCCUCCAGCACGAGGCGGGUGAUCUGGUUUUGCGAAUGAGGUCGAAAAAGUUAAAAGCCUCCGAUUUCAAUGCUCCGAAAUAUUUUAACGUAAUAAGAAGAGGGUGGCAGAGAUUGGCAGAAUGCCUGAUUGGUGGCGGGUAAAAGACGGGUUGGACAAUUCACUAGGGCAGUCUCGCCUUCCGACCCUUUCUCUCCCCUUUCCGAUCGCUUCUUUUUGUGGCGAUAUUCCGGCGACCGCCGGCGAGGUCCGGACGGGAAGUUCUGCAACAAACCAUCACCUCGAGCAGGCUAACGAACUCACUCGCGUAAUUGUGUUUGAGAAAAUGGUGGCCUUGUUGGUGGCAUUCGUUCUGGGCGUAUUGAUAGUAGCCUUUAUUUACCGCCCGCGAUCUACGAAACGUGCGAAGGGGAAAGCUAUUCGGCCUCCUAAUGUCGGGAAGGGAAAGAACGCCUAUACGAAAGCUGAAGUUUCUCGGCAUAACACAAGGACGGAUUGUUGGAUCAUUAUCAAAGACAAGGUCUAUGAUGUCACCUCAUACGUGGAGGAACAUCCUGGAGGUGAUGCCAUACUUACACAUGCUGGAGAUGAUUCUACUGAAGGAUUUUAUGGGCCACAGCAUGCUACACGGGUCUUUGACAUGAUUGGAGAUUUCUAUGUUGGAGAUCUACAAUUGUGAGAUCAGAAUGAACCAUAUGAUUCCAUCUGGAGCAAUGAUUACAUCAGGAGCUGGGAAAAUUUAUUACUGUGUUUUGUAGAAGUCUGUCAUUCCAUCUUUGAUUUGAGACAUCUGAGGUAUUUUUCGUCUAAUGAAUGAUGUAACAUCAGUUCAUUCCUAACCAUGUGGUUUUCCAGGAACAGGAAGAAAUGUGGUUGUGGAACUUCUAAUAGAUGAUUAUUUUGUCUGUACUCUGUACACAUACUGUGCACAGUAAUUGAAACUUGUGUCUUGCUGGAUGUUGUGAAUGCAUA